AUGGUCAAGCGCAAGCGUACCGAUGCUCCCAAGGCGGGCAAAUCCACCGAAAGUCCUGCCAAAACCGCCAAAUCAGCCCCAACACCUUCUUCAGCUCCCGAUGCGGCUCUGACAGUCCAAGUGGUUACCGGUUCCUACGAGCGAGUGCUGCAUGGUUUCACCGCCGGUAUUCCUGCAUCCUCCUUGAGCUCCAUGAAAGAAACGACAAAGGACUCGGCCCCCUCCGUUCAAUGCGUCGACAGCUUCUUAUUCGAGGCCCAUGGCUCCGCAAUCCGCUGCCUGGCUCUCUCCCCGCUCCCGAAAGCCAACGAGCAAAAUCAAUCCGUGAUCAUGGCCAGCGGUGCUACUGACGAGCGCAUCAACCUGUAUUCUCUAUCUGCUGCUCCUCCCGCAAUCAAUGAUGACUACCCCACCGUGCCGACCCUGGCCGGAAACAAAAUCCUCGAGAACCCCAAGAACCGCGAGCUAGGAUCGUUGUUGCACCACUCCGCCAGCAUCUCUAGCUUGAGCUUCCCGUCUCGCAGCAAACUUCUUGCCGGUGCCGAGGACAACAAUAUCUCCGUGUCCAAAACCCGGGAUUGGACUGUGAUCUCGACCAUCAAGGCCCCGCGCCCCAAGGUCCAAGGCCGUCCAAGUGGUGACACAGCACCCCCGGGGGCUGAACCGUCUGGAGUGAACCACUUUGCAGUUCACCCUUCCAUGAAGGUGAUGCUGAGUGUUGGCAGAGGAGAGAAAUGUAUGCGAUUGUGGAACCUGGUCACUGGAAAAAAGGCCGGUGUCUUGAAUUUCAACAGAGAUAUACUACAAAGUGUGAGAGAAGGCAAAUGGAGCAGUGGUGAGGGCCGCCGUAUCGCCUGGAACCCUGCUGGUGAGGAGUUUGCCGUCGCCUUCGAGUGGGGUGCCGUAGUGUUUGGAGUUGAUUCGGAACCCAAGUGCAGAGUCCUUCCCGAACCACGAAGCAAGGUUCACGAGAUGAAAUACGUUCCUCGAUCUGCGGAGAACGACAAGACCGGUGAUCUGCUCGCUGUGUCAACCGAAGAUGGCCGCGUUAUAUUCUAUUCGACUACUGAGCUACAACAGGUGGAAGACGAAGAAGAGUCAAAGAUCCCCUAUGCCACCCCGGUGGCUCAAAUUGGUGGUAAACAGGCUGGUUUCCCCGGCCGUGUCAAGGACUUUACUGUCUUGAGCCUGGAAGGUCAGGCUAAGGACAUUCGCGACGAUUUCUUGGUUGUCACCGGAAACAGCGAGGGAAUCGUGCGAAUCUGGAAGGUCGAUGGAAAGAAUCUUGCUACCCCGAAGAAGACCAAGGGUUCCAAGAAAUCCAAGGACACCGCUAUUCCUCAGAUUGGGAAUCUCGUGAGCACUUAUGAAACCGGCAACCGGAUCACAUGUCUGGCUUCCUUCAUCAUGUUGCCAGCAGAGGAUCCAUCGAACUUGUUCGACUCGGAAGAAGAGAGCGAUGAGGAGGAGGAAGAAGAGUCGGAUAGCGAUGACGAGUAA